GAAGAAGAGAAACAGUCUCACAGCGUUGCGUUAGCCUGUGGUCCAAAUGUAGCAGCAGUUAGCUGGUAUCGGUUGUGUCAUGUGUGCAUAGCAUCGGUGUAGGUAUGGAAUAACACUCCUAUGCGGCGAGACUGGAUUGAUGUCAUAUUCAAGCUUUCCUGACCGUGAGCGAUAUCUGCUUUCCCCAACAUGGAGAAACAGUUGCAUUUAAACCUGUUAGCUGCCAGACCUCCUAUGCCGGGUGGCUUUCAGUCCAGCUCCAAAAUGAAGAUGGGGCCGGGACGAAGGAGAGAUUUCACUCCGCUGUCCUGGAGUCAAUAUUUUGAAACCAUGGAAGAUGUUGAAGUGGAAAAUGAAAAUGGCAAAGACAUUUUCAGAGUUUACUGCAGUGGUGCUCAUGGCCCUGUACUCCUAUUGCUCCAUGGAGGAGGACACUCUGCUCUCUCCUGGGCCGUCUUCACUGCUGUCAUCUACAGCAGGAUUAACUGCAGGGUGGUGGCUAUGGACCUCCGAGCUCACGGUGACUCCAAAGUGAAGAAUUCCGAAGAUCUCUCUGCAGACACUAUGGCCAAGGAUAUCGGCAAAGUGGUCGAGGCUCUUUAUGGAGAAAACCCACCGCCAAUCAUGAUUAUUGGGCACAGCAUGGGUGGGGCCAUUGCGGUUCACACUGCCGCUGCCAAUCAUAUACCAUCGCUGCUUGGCCUCUGCGUCAUCGACGUUGUCGAGGGCACUGCAAUGGACGCUCUGAACAGCAUGCAGAAUUUCCUCAGAAGUCGGCCCAAAAUGUUUAAAUCACUGGAAAAUGCCAUCGAGUGGAGUGUGAAGAGUGGCCAGAUCCGAAACAUCGAGUCAGCACGGGUGUCGAUGGGAGGCCAAGUGAAAAAAUGUGAGGAGUGCACCAGGAGCCCAAUGGUCUCCAAUAGCAUUGGUGAGGGUAUCAUUGAGGAAGAGGAAGAAGAAGGAGAAGAGUCCAACAAGAAAAGAAUGAAGGAAGAUGACCAAGAGAUGAAAAAGGAAAGCAUGUUCACGUGGCGGGUCGAUUUGGCAAAGACCGAGAAGUACUGGGAGGGCUGGUUUAAAGGCCUAUCUUCACUUUUUCUCACCUGCUCUGUGCCCAAACUGCUCCUGCUCGCGGGGGUGGACAGGCUUGACAAAGAUCUGACCAUAGGACAGAUGCAAGGGAAGUUUCAGAUGCAGGUCCUCCCUCAGUGUGGCCAUGCUGUCCAUGAGGACGCUCCUGAAAAAGUAGCAGACGCCCUAGCGACAUUCAUGGUCCGGCACAAAUUCACCGACUUUAAAGAAGGAUAUAUGUGUUAAUUGAAUAUUUUGCCAUAGAAGAAAUAUUUGAAGAAUCGUCAAAAGCAGAUACAAAGGAUAUAAAAACAAAAAUCAUUGUUGUUGUUGUUUUUUUUUUUUUUUUGUAGAUACUUUGCUUUUCAGCUUGGCCUUAUUUGAUUGUAAAACACAUGAAUUUGUUUGUAUUCUUUCCUCUUUUUUUAAAAAUUUCAUAUAAAGUUCUGCUCAUGUCCCUCGCCCCCCUUCCCAGGGUGAUGUGUUAUAGUUACGAAAUGUGUUUGUCAUGGCAAACAGUGAUUCAGAGGGAUGGCAAAGAUGUUUUAUGCUCUUUGGAAUGUGUCAAUUUUAGCAAUACGUCUCGUAGCAAGACCACCAUAGCUGAAUUACUUCCUGCUUUACUUCAAGGUCAUUUACAGUCUGCCUUGUAAAGAACUCAAAACUUUCACACUGUUCAAAAAUCGAUUAUUUGAUCGCCUUAUCGUCUGUUGCCCCAUGUACCUGUACAUUGAUUCCGCUACUCAACCAAAACACAUCCAGGCAGUUGCGCUCAAACUGAUUCAAACCCCAUUCCAAACUAGACUUUCAAUUUACAAUGAACCAACGACACAAGAACAAAUUAAAUAGCCCUGCAUAAUUAAUAUUAUCCAUUCAUUGUCCUGAUAAAAGUAUUUAAAGCUUCUUCAGUUACUUGUUGCCUUGCAAUCUGGAGUGCAACUGUUGAGAGGAAAUUGACAUUUGAUUUGUGUGUUUUGAACUAUCCCCGAGUCAGUUGUAAACUGGGGCAAUUUUUCGUACAAUAAUUUAACAUCACAUAGCACAACAGCAUUACAUGCGCACAAAAUAUUCAAAUUUGGUUGCUUUGCAAUUUUGAGUGCAGCGGUUUAGAAGAAAAUCAACAUUCGAUUUGUGUGUUUUGAGUUAUAGUUGUAAACAACAAUUUUGUGUGCAUUAAUUUAAUAGCACAAUAGCAUCCGAUGUACACAAACGACUUACUUUCCUUCAUGUAUUUCGUGGAAUAAAAUGAAAAAGAAAUAAACGA